UCUCCGUCCUCCUGGAAUCCAACCGAGGGAAGGCACCCUCAGCUUUCUGUAGAGAAAUGCGUCUUUCUUGUUUGUCUUCUUCCGGCGCGAGUCCAGCCCCGUCCAUUACCUCGGAGUGCCUCCGCGAGUGAGCAGGCCCCAGAAUCCCUGACGGAAACGGGAAAAAGAGAGAGAAAGAAAAAGAAAGACGCCACCGAAAGGUGGCAGUGUUUGACGCUUUCUUGCUGUUGCUGGUGGCUUCUUCUUCGCGCUUCCUCACGCCUCAUUCCAUCGUCGUAAUUCCAGUUACCAUUUUGCGUGUCUUUCUUGCCUUUGCCACCUCCGCUCUCUCUCUCUCUCUCUCUCUCUCUCUCCCCCUCUCCCUCUCCAUAUCCAGCCCUGUUUCUUGUUUCUUUCUUUUAUUUACUCCAAAUCUCCGCGUUUCCGCUGUGCCGUUUUUUUUGUUUUUUGUUUUUUUUCCUUCCACGCAUCUCUCGACUGAUCGGAAGACCCGAAGAAUUUCCAGAUGGCUUUCUGCUCCUUGCUCUGCUGUGGAAUGACUUCCAAUAGGAGGGAGCAUAGGAAGAAGAGUUCGACGACGUGGAGGGUUUUCUCUCUCAAGGAGCUGCAUUCGGCGACGAAUAGCUUCAAUUAUGACAACAAGCUCGGGGAAGGGGGGUUCGGCAGCGUUUACUGGGGCCAGCUCUGGGACGGGUCUCAGAUAGCUGUUAAAAGGUUGAGAGUUUGGAGCAACAAAGCCGAGACGGAAUUUGCUGUUGAGGUUGAGAUUUUGGGUAGAGUAAGGCACAAAAAUCUUCUGACUUUACGUGGAUACUGUGCUGAAGGGCAGGAACGCCUCAUAGUAUACGAGUACAUGCCUAACUUGAGUCUGCUUUCACAUCUUCAUGGUCGGCACUUAGCAGAAUGUGUUCUUGACUGGGGUAGGCGAAUGUCUAUUGCAAUAGGGUCAGCUGAGGGGAUUGCCUACCUUCACCACCAUGCCACACCUCAUAUCAUCCACAGAGACAUCAAAGCAAGCAAUGUUUUGCUAGAUUCAGAUUUUCAGGCACGGGUUGCAGAUUUUGGAUUCGCAAAGCUCAUUCCGGAUGGUGCAAGUCACGUUACCACAAAGGUGAAAGGCACGCUUGGUUAUCUUGCUCCCGAGUAUGCUAUGUUGGGGAAGGCCUCAGAGAGUUGUGAUGUCUAUAGUUUUGGAAUACUCCUCCUAGAGCUUGGUAGUGGAAAGAAACCCAUAGAGAUGCGAAGCCCAGCAGUGAAGCAAGCAAUCACAGACUGGGCUCUUCCUUUGGCUAGGGAGAGGAGGUUCGGGGCAAUUGCUGACCCAAGACUGAAUGGGAACUAUGAGGAGGCAGAACUGAAGAGGGUUGUGCUUGUUGCUCUCAUUUGUGCACAAAGCAAACCCGAGAAGAGACCCACAAUGCUUGAGGUGGUGGACUUGCUCAAAGGGGAGUCCAAGGAGAAGUUAUCAAAUCUCGAAAAUGAUGAGAUGUUCAGGCCAGAACCAACAAUGAGUUGCCAAGGAGUGUCAGGUCCAGAUGAUAACUCAGACUGUAUUACAGAGGAGACGGAUUCAAGAGUUGAUGUGAAACAAGGGACUUAUUCAUUACCUGAAGCAGCAGCACAUAUUAGCUAGUCUUUUAGCAGCAAAUUCCUUCCUGAGUACAAAAGUUCUUUUUUGUGAUUGUAGAUAGCAGAUUUUUUGAUGGUUCUUCCUUGGUUCCAAAUAUAUUCAAAGGGUUUUGGAAAGUAGGGCUUGUAUCUUAUGUGGCUUGCUGUUGUAACCUUCAUAUUGAGGGAUGCUGAGAGGACUGGAAGAAAUGCAUGAUGUUAUAAUGUUCUACAAGGGAUGUGUCCUGUAGUGAUUUGCAUUGUUAGUGUCCUCAAGGUAGACUAUAUGCAUGGUUUAGACUGCACCA